CCGGCCUUGGUGACGGCGCGGCCCCGCCUCCCUCUCCUGCUCUCGCCAUGAUCUGCCUGGUGCUGACCGUCUUCGCGCACAUUUUCCCCGCCGCCUGGACGGGGAUUAACGAGCGCACCUUCUUAGCCAUAAAGCCCGAUGGCUAUCAGCGGCGCCUGGUUGGCGAGAUCAUCAGACGUUUCGAGAGGAAGGGCUUCAGGCUGGUCGCCAUGAAAUUAACGCAGGCGUCGGAGACCCUCUUGAAGGAUCAUUACAUUGCUCUGCGGGACCGUCCGUUCUAUGAUCGCCUGGUGAAGUAUAUGGGCUCCGGACCUGUGGUGGCCAUGAUCUGGCAGGGCCUGGACGUGGUGAAGACUGCCCGCCUGAUGCUUGGCGAGACCAAUCCAGCCGACUCCUUGCCGGGCACCAUUCGCGGAGAUUUCUGUGUGGACGUCAGCAGGAACGUGAUCCAUGGCAGCGACUCCAGAGAGAGCGCCCAGCGCGAGAUUUCUCUCUGGUUCAGACCCGACGAGAUUGUCUGCUGGCAGGACCAUGCCGAGAGCUGGAUCUACGAGUAAACGGAGUGCGGAGCUGUUGCAUAUUACACAGGGCUUUUUCUGUAAGGAUCAAAUCUAAGGGUUCUGUUACACGUGAAGCGUUCCUUCCCGGCAAUCGCCUGCACGCUAGCGGGGGAGACCGCUGCUAUUACAUGCAGCAAUCUCCUCCUUAGUAUGGGGAAGAGCGAUCGCUAAUGCCUACGCUCAUCCUCUUACUGAAUCAUUGUUUGCCGGCAGCCGAUCGUAAUUAUACAGCACGAUCUGCCGCCAACAACCAAGGAUUUUUAAACCCUCUAAAAUAUUACAUUUUACCCCAUGAAAGAACGUUUGCUCGUUCAUCUGGUAAUCAUCGGCAGUAUUACACUGCCAGAUCAUUGCUAACGAGCGUUACUAUGAAUGCUUGUUAGCGAUGAUCUUCACGAUUAUCUUCUAGUGUGAUAGGGUCUUAG